AUUGGAGCGAUGGAAGGCGGGUCGUGUGUUUGUUUUUAGCUCCGCCUAUCGGCCACGUAGGGCGCGAGAGCUGGGAGUCUCUGACGUCAAUGAGCCCUGUUGGCACAAGGAGCAUCUGUCAUUUAAACGCGAGGAAGACGAAAACAUGUGAGAGCAGCGUGGAUGACGCACGCGCGAGCGCGCGAACAGCGCGGCUUUGUGAGGAGGCAGGAGGCUAAAAAUACAUGGAGAAAAGAGCAAAAGAUUAAUGGAGAAAACUCGAUAUUAUAUGUCAAAACAGCAGGAAAUUAUGGUUUACAUGCAUAGAAAAUGUAUGGGAGAGUCCAUCAGCCCAGCAGAGGAGGGGCAGGCUUUAGAUUACAGGCCAUCCCAUCUCCAUCACCCAGCCCCCCCAAGACACUCCAACAGAGGAAGCGGAAAACACGAAACAUAGAGGGUCCAUAACCGUGCAAAGAAUUUUAUUUUACUCUACUAAAACAUUUUUCCUUUAAAAUUACCCUGCUUCAACUUUAUUUUAUUUUAUUUUUUAUAUUUGGGGCUGUUUGGUCACACCACCCGCCCAACUUUGGGGGACAAAAGGGAUCUGGAAGUUGGAGAGAGAUGUCCCCCCAGCCUCCCCAGUCCCAGAUGAGGGAGAACAUCCUGAAGACCGUCGGCAGCUUUUGGGGAAUCGCCCGGAUCCUGCAGAUCGUCUUCGGAGCCGGGCUGUGGGUCACCAUCGCUGCCAACAAAUACGAGGGCUCCAUCCACUUCGUCCUGUUCGUGGCGGUGCUGUUCUGGCUCCUCACGCUCGCCCUCUUCUUCCUCACCCUCCUGAACAAGCAGGACCUGGUGCCGCUGCUGGGAGGGGAGCGCUGGUUGUCCACCAACUUGGCGCACGACGUGGCCGCCGCGCUGCUCUACUUUCCGGCGAUCGGAGUCAUGAUCUACAAGACGGAGCGCAACUCCUACUGCAACCUGGAACAGUACACGCACCCCUGUCUGUACAAGAUCUACCUGACGGCCGCCGUGUUCGCCUGUCUGAGCUGCGGCGCGUACCUCAUAGCGGUUAUUUAUGGGGGGUGCAGGAAGUGUCGGGGGGAGCAGACGCUCCUCUGAAGGGGGGACAACAUAAACAAAAAAAGAAAAGAAAGGGCAAAGUGGCUUCUUUUGCAAAAUGAGGAAUUACGAAUUUCACUGAAACUUCAAGAGUUCCCAUCAUCCUUCCAGACGGUGGAGAAGCGACCCUGAAAUCAAAGCCAGAUGCAGUGGCGGAGUGACAGUUUUUGGGGGCCGGGGCAAACAA